AUGAGUGCAUUGAAAGUUGUUUGCGUUGAUGCUACUAUAACUACCACCGCUACUACUACUAUUACUUCUGCUGCUGCUGCUACUACUACUACUACUACUACUACUACUACUACUACUACUACUACUACUACUACUACUACUACUACUACUACUAAUAAUAAUAAUAAUAAUAAUAAUAAUAACAAUAAUAUUAUUAUUGAUAACACUGAUGACACUGACAAUAAUGUCAACAAUAAUAACAAUAACAAAGAUAAUAACAUAGAUAGCAAUGUUUCUGGAUCAGGUGUUAGCGACGAAGCUGACGCGGGUGUAUUAACCCCAGAAAUGAUUAAAUGUGGUCUGUGGAACUUAAGAAAAGAUGCGCUAGGGACAAGUUAUGCUUAUAGAUACUUAAGUUUAUCGCGCAUGAUCGGUAAGUUAGCUCAGUCGGUAGAAGAGCCCUGCUUGCUCACGAAUGAAUGCGAUAUACGUGCCUGUGUACUUCAGCAUGUGAAUAGGAACCUCACCGAUGUGACAAUCCUCUCCAAGUACAAGAACAUUCUGAUGUUGGACCUCUCCUUUAACUGUAUCAGAGAAAUAUCUGGCUUGGAAUGCAUGCAGUAUUUGUUGAAUCUUAACGUCUCCCACAACCAACUCGACUGCAUUCUGAAGUACUGUAGCCCUAAGAAAGAUUUGGUCGUGGCCAACUUUUCAUUCAACAGAAUCGAAGAGAUGGAUGACUUGUCCCAGUACAGAUCUCUCGAAUCUCUAGAUUUGGAAAGUAAUAGGAUAAAAGAAAUUAAAGGUUUACAUGGCCUGAAGUACCUCUGCAGGCUUAAUUUGAAAUCCAACUGCAUCAGUUACGUUGAAAAUCUUAACUACCUACCAUUAACUGACCUUAAUCUUGUGAGACAUUUUGUCAUUGCGCUAACUAUUUCCAGUAACUGCCUAACGUCCGUUGAUAACUUGGAGACUCUCUGCUUUCUGCAGAAUUUAGAUUUAUCCUGCAACAAGUUACGCACACUAGACGGCUUGCAGGAGUUGCACUGCCUUCAAUCGCUCAACCUGGAAUUCAAUCAAAUAGUGGAUAUAUUGGAGUUGAAAAAACUUCAACACCUUCCGCAUCUCUUCCAUCUGAAUUUCCUUUCAAAUCCCAUCAAUGAGUUACCACAAUGUAGACUCUAUGCCAUUCAUCUUCUUCCUAAUUUGGUCACUCUUAAUAGGGAUGACUCAUCCUCCGUUAUCACCUACUGCCCCCCAAUGGAGUACCGGGCGGCACGUGACCACAUGACCAACAUGGUCUACGCGUUCAUGCAACCAAUCAACCUGCUCGAUUCGUUAGAUGAUGAUGACGACGACGAUGAUGAAGACUUUGAUGAUGAAGACGACAAUGACCAUGAGCCAUUUGAAUAUGAGCUGGAAGGUAGGGAGUUCUACUUUGUAACAGUGGAACAUUUCGAAGAUUCCAUGAAAGAGGGCGUCUUCAUGCUAACGUAUAGUUAUCAGAACAACUUGUACGGACUGAGUAGGCAGGCCUUUGAAAAUGUCGCAAGUCAGAAAGUUGUUUGCCUCUGCCAGAUGGAGUGGGAGGGUAUCCUUACACUGAAGAACACCCUCUUUAAAGCACCCCACCUCAUACUCACCCUGCCCUCAAGCGACCUAACAUACGAAUCAAGGUUACUCAAGAAGGGAUGCUACGAUGAAUGCCAGAUAGCUGGAAACAUGGAGAGGUUGAAGUUAUACGAGGAGAAGUCGAAAGUCAGCAAUGAUUGGUUUGAUGUUGUCGUUAGGCAAGACGAUAUUGUAGACGCAUACAAAGAAAUAAAAAAACAACUACUCGAUAAUUUCAAAACAAUGAUGACGUCAACAAAAUCGACCACAAUCGAUUCAAAUAAUAAAAGAACCGUAACGAAUAUUCUACCGGUUCGAAACGAUACCGAACCGAUUAUUAUCACGAACAUUCAAGCUGUCACCAAUCUCGAUACCGCCGCCGCUGCUGCUGCUGAUGAUGAUAGGGUAGGUGAUGAUAAUGAUUACAAAAGAAAUGUUGAUGACGUCAUAAGUCUAAAAGAGGAAAUUAUCGUGGAGAAAAAUUUCUGCAGGGUGAGAAAGAGACAGAAGAAGAAAAAAUCCGAGGGCGGUGUUAGUGCAAGCAGUGAUGAUGGUGAUGAAGACGAUGAUGAUGAUGAAGACGGUAAUGAUGAUGAUGAUGAUGAUCGGGGCGAUAAAUCAGAAGUUAAAAAAGCAGAAACUAAAAGCAGAAAGCCGAAAGAAGUUAAGAAUGUUCCUCAUUUAACAGUGAACACUGAUGAUGAUGCUGCUGAUGAUGAUGAUUGCAGAGGUGGUGGUGGUGGUGGCGAUGAUAACGAUACUGCUUGCGCUGGUGCUGGUAAUGAUCCGGAUUACGACGGUGACGUCACAGGAGGCCAUGAUGAUGAUUGCGGUAGGAGGGGACUGAUGGAGCAGCUAUCGUUACAGAGGCGGUACUUUGGGGCUUACAUGUCAGUGAACAACUGCAAGCCACCGCUCUAUAACAGGAUAGUUCAAAGAUACAAAAUGAGGCCACAACAUUCAGUACAACAUUCACAUCCUCCUCCCAGCAACAACCCAACACUGCAACCAUUCUCACGCUACCACAAACGACAGAAACAACAGAAGAGGAAGCAGUGGCGACAUCUACCACAAUUACGACUACCACAACCACAGACAUUACCAUAA